UAUACACUUGAUACGUUGCCAUGCGAAUAUCGAUUUGAAAUGCGUUGAAAGAAGCAUGCGACCGAGUUUUACCGAGAAUUCACGAGAAAAGUCACUCGAUCAAUGUUUCAACGAAUCAACUUGUUAUAUGAUUUUCGGCUGUUAUGAAUCAAUAGUGAAAAAAGAAGAAUAAAUUACAUUAACAAACAAACGUGAAAUUAAUGGGAUAAAGGACAAGCGAGAUAAGAAAUAUAAGAAUGACGAAGAAAUAGAGAAAGCAAAGAAGUAAAUUGGAACAGAGAGGAAGAUGUAUCCAUAGUUCUCAUGGACGAUAUCGAUAAAAAGAGUGAUUCGACAAUAAUUUAAUUAUAAAUAUAAACAAAGCUAUAAUAACGUCACGUUAUGCGAAACGAAAGAAGCAGAAUGAUAAACAAUAUUUCAUCGAGAUGGUGUCCAAAACAGAAGAACGCAUUGACGAUACCGGAACGCAAAAAGUUUAGACGUGUACACGGACUUCAGUUUCCAUUACAUCCUCAGCAAAUAAUCGGUUGGAUCGUAAUUUUAAUUUUUGUAGUAAAUACCUUCGCAGUAUUAACACCGCUGCUUGAACCGAAUUUACGACCAGUUUUUUCGAUCGUGAUUGGUGCAAUCUUUUUUACGCACAUUUGUUCUCAUUUGACAGUACUUUUAUUGGAUCCGGCGGAUCCUCGUGUCAGAUCUCAGCCACCAAAUAAAGUUUUACCCGAAUUUGACCGAAAUGAACAUUCGCAUGUAAUCGAGAAUGGUAGAUGUCAUCUUUGCAACAUAACUACUGAAAGCAAAAGGACAAAGCAUUGUUCAAUUUGUAACAAAUGCAUUGUUCGGUUCGAUCAUCAUUGUAAAUGGCUCAACAAUUGCAUUGGCGCUAGAAAUUAUUGCGCUUUCCUAGUUUGCUUGAUUUCUGCGAUUUUCGCAAGUCUGUUUGUCACCUGCCUAUCCGCGACAGAAUUGUCACUAUCUUUAUUUUCCAAUCUAAUCGUACAUUAUCCCGUUACAAAUGUAACGAUGAAGAAUACGACUAAUCCCGAAAUCCCUUUCAUCCUUCCUACCUCAGACGCUACUAUCAUAAUAGCGAUCUCUGCAAUUGGAAUUCUUUCGGCGAUCGUAACGAUACUUUUAAUUCAUUUAUGUUCUUUUCACGGUUAUAUUGCCUGCCUCGGAUUGACCACGUAUGAAUAUAUACGAAACAAAAGGGAAAAAAAUUCUGUUGCUGCUGCUGUUGUGAUUGCUGCAACUGCCACUGUUACAGCGGCUGCAGCUGCAAGUGCUUCUAUCAGCACCACCACUGCCACCACCACCACCACUUCUAUCACUACCACUACCACUAUCACUAUCACUAACACUAACACUAUCACUACCACUACCACUACCACUACCACUACCACUACCACUACCACUACCACUACCACUACCACUACCACCACCAGCUCCACUGCUAUGAAUUUAAAUAUUACCACAGUUACCUAUUCUACUACGUCAAAGAUGAAUAUUUGGAAAAAUGUAUUGGGUUCUCCACGGUACAUAGUAGCACCGAUGGUCGAUGCGAGCGAAUUAGCUUGGAGGCUGUUGAGUCGUCGUCAUGGAGCACAGCUUUGUUUUACACCAAUGCUUCAUUCUUCGGUUUUUUGUAGAGAUCCGAAAUAUCGGCGAGAAGCUCUUUUCAGUAUUGCUGAAGAUCGACCAUUGGUCGUCCAGUUUUGUGGUAACGAUCCGAAUACUCUAUUGGAAGCAGCACUUUUGGCAGAGCCAUACUGUGACGCAGUCGAUAUAAAUAUUGGUUGUCCUCAAGCAAUUGCAAAACGUGGUCAUUAUGGUGCUUUUCUUCAAGAUGAUUGGGAUUUACUUCAACAAAUCGUAAGUACCUUAAGCAGAGGACUUCGUGUGCCAGUAACUUGCAAACUUCGAGUAUUUGCGGAGGUCGACAAAACUGUGGAAUACGCUCAAAUGCUCGAAACCGCUGGGGCACAAUUACUUACCGUGCAUGGACGAACUCGAGAACAGAAAGGACCAUUAACUGGUAUCGCAUCGUGGAAUCAUAUUAAAGCUGUAAGACAGGCUGUCACAAUUCCAGUAUUUGCAAAUGGUAACAUACAGUGCUUGCAAGAUGUUGAAAAAUGUAUAGAAGAAACUGGUGUUCAUGGCGUAAUGUCAGCCGAGGGCAAUCUUUAUAAUCCGUAUAUAUUCGAAGCUCGAUAUCCACCUAGUUGGGAACCAGCACUUGAAUAUUUAGAUUUAGUGGAACGUUAUCCAGCUCCUGCUUCUUACAUUCGUGGUCAUCUCUUUAAAUUGUUUCAACACAUACUUUGUUUAGCAGAAAAUAAGGAAGAGAGAGAAAAUUUGGCCAAAAAUUCUACCAUGGAAUCCUUUAAAAAUGUUGUAUACACUUUGAGGGACCGGUAUCUAUCUUACCACGAAGGACAUCUAAUUUGGCAAGAAGAAACAUCUGAUUAUAAUUUAAAAUUACCUCCGUGGUUGUGCCAACCAUAUGUACGUCAUCUUCCAGGGAAUAAUGUACUAAAGCUAGAAACUGAAAAGAUUGGAAUGCAAAAUGAAACAAUAAAGAGAAAAUUUAAAGAUGAAGAAGGAAAUGAAAUAUCACGAAAACGUUUGAAAAAACUUGAACGAAUAGCUCGCCGCCCCAACAGAUCAGCUGUUGCCGUAAGAAGAGGAUCCGAUCUAUGUCGUGACUGUCCAAAUCCAGUGAGUCUCAAAUGUGUUCAUAAAUUAUGCCGACAGUGCUGUAGAAACAAAUGUUUUACGGAAAAUCUGGAUUGUGCUGGGCACAGAAACUUAACUAAAACUAGAAGACAAAUGGCGAUAGAAUUUGCAGCUAAACGAAAAACUAUUCAAGAUACAAUAUGACAUUGUACAAUAUUCUAAAUUAUAAAGAUAAAAGCUAAAUAAAUACAUGCAUAUAUACAUGUACAUAACAAUGUUUUGUAAACGUUAUAUUG